UUCUCCAUUUCAGUUACACAAAAUUCAAAACCCAAACACUAACUCUCUCUCUCUCUAGAACCCCCACUUUCUCUCUCUAAAAAUGCGCGAAAUCCUCCACGUUCAGGGCGGCCAGUGCGGCAACCAGAUCGGAGCAAAGUUCUGGGAGGUCGUAUGUGCAGAGCACGGGAUCGAUUCAACCGGAAGGUACAACGGCGACAACGAACUGCAAUUGGAGCGCGUCAAUGUGUAUUACAAUGAGGCCAGUUGUGGAAGGUUUGUUCCACGAGCCGUGCUCAUGGAUCUGGAGCCGGGGACGAUGGACAGUCUCCGGUCAGGGCCGUACGGGCAGAUAUUCCGGCCGGAUAAUUUUGUGUUCGGGCAGUCUGGUGCUGGGAAUAAUUGGGCGAAAGGUCAUUAUACUGAAGGAGCGGAGCUUAUUGACUCGGUUUUGGAUGUUGUGAGGAAAGAAGCUGAGAAUUGUGAUUGUCUUCAAGGUUUCCAGGUGUGCCACUCGUUGGGUGGUGGGACCGGGUCAGGAAUGGGAACCCUUCUCAUUUCCAAGAUCCGAGAAGAAUACCCGGACCGCAUGAUGCUUACGUUCUCUGUAUUCCCAUCUCCGAAGGUCUCUGACACUGUUGUGGAGCCCUACAAUGCAACACUCUCGGUACACCAACUUGUUGAGAAUGCUGAUGAAUGUAUGGUGUUGGACAAUGAAGCUUUGUAUGACAUCUGCUUCAGAACCCUAAAGCUCACCACUCCAAGCUUUGGUGACUUGAAUCAUCUGAUUUCCGCUACAAUGAGUGGUGUAACUUGCUGCUUACGUUUCCCUGGUCAACUCAACUCUGAUCUCCGCAAGCUUGCGGUCAACCUCAUUCCAUUCCCCCGCCUCCACUUCUUCAUGGUUGGAUUUGCACCCCUAACAUCACGUGGGUCCCAGCAUUACCGCGCACUAACUGUACCUGAACUCACCCAACAAAUGUGGGAUGCCAAAAACAUGAUGUGUGCAGCUGAUCCCCGUCAUGGGCGGUACCUGACGGCAUCCGCCAUGUUCCGUGGCAAAAUGAGCACAAAAGAAGUUGACGAACAAAUGAUCAAUGUCCAGAACAAGAACUCUUCUUACUUUGUUGAGUGGAUCCCCAACAAUGUUAAGUCAACGGUUUGUGAUAUCCCUCCAACCGGGCUUAAAAUGGCGUCUACAUUCAUUGGUAACUCGACGUCGAUCCAGGAAAUGUUCAGGCGGGUGAGCGAGCAGUUUACCGCUAUGUUCCGUAGGAAGGCUUUCUUGCAUUGGUACACUGGUGAAGGAAUGGAUGAGAUGGAGUUUACGGAAGCGGAGAGCAAUAUGAAUGAUUUGGUUUCUGAAUACCAGCAGUAUCAAGAUGCGACUGCCGAUGAGGAAGGGUAUGAUUAUGAAGAUGAAGAGGAAGAACUUGCGGAGGGGGCUUAAUCGGAGGUUUUGUUUUGUUUGAUUGCUGUAUGGUUUGAUAGAUUUGUCAUCUGCUUAAUGGCAUGCAAUUGGAUUAAUGUUGGUAGUUAGUUUACUAUGGUUUGAAGUGUUACUAAGUCAUUUCGUAGGAAUUAUGUGCUUUUGUUAAGUUGUUUUGCAGACAUCAUGAUGAUUGUGCGAUACAUUUUAAGUUUUUUGCUUGAUUA